GGCUGAAUCUCCCACUGAAGUUUUUCGUGCCCGCUGGUGAGCGCGCGCGGAGCGGAGCGCGCGGAGAGCGCCCACGCGACACUUUCACGCGCUGCACCGCUUUUUAAAUGCGACGCAUCCUUUACCGGGAGGCGCUCUAUCUCCCGCUUCAACAUUUGCCGACAACAAACAAACUGAACAAAACAGUUUUACGUGAAUGAAAUAGAAACGGAAAAGACAUCACGCUCACGUGGACUAUAAUGUGUUGACGAUUUGCCGCAGACUGAAAGAGUGAAAAAGAAGACACAAGAUGAUCUAUGCAUGCUAUAACUGCCAGCACUGGAGUUAACGGAGACUGUGAUGUCCUCAACGCAAAAACCCCAGAUUCAUAAUAAGGAACGUAUCAGGGACCUGACAAACUAUUGUUGAGUCGUAUUUGCCGUGGAUGUACUCUACCUCAAAUGUCACUGCGAGGGCAGCAGAUAUUUGAAGAUGAAACCUUAAGUUAUUCUCAUUUUAGAAAUGUUCUUUUUCCAUGCUCCGGUUUCUUGAUUGUCUUUUGAGUGUUAUAUUUUCUAAUUUCAUCCUUUUAUAUGUUCCCGUUCAAGUGGGCUUUUCAUGACUAGACUCCAUUUUUAAAGAUUCUCUUCUCUCUCACGUUAAAGCCUCGAACUACAGGUUCCUCAAAGGAGGUUUGUGAAAAGGAAACAUCACUUGUCAGGUGUGAACGAUUGGUUGCCCGAUCAUUUCAUAUUUCAAAUCUACGGCCUAAAAAAAAUUCUCUGACCCAAUGUUCAUUUUUAGGAACAUUUCACCAGUUGCAUGUAUUUUGUUGGCGACCAAACUGGACUUGGACUCUGAGGAAGAUCUCAAAACAUCGCCUAGCUUUUUUAAGCUUUUGGAGAAUAGGUCAUAACACAUCUCACUCUAAACCUCUUAUUAUUAUAACUUUUGUGCUAUAGUAAUUCAGUUAUAAAACUUCAAUCAAGAGAUUUUCUAGAGCAAAAUGUCCCUUUCCUUUGGAGAACCGGGCUCUUGGUGUGAGUGUGGAACAUCUGCUGGAACCAGACUGGAGAUGGAAACAUGACUGUGACAGAAUAUCUCUUCUGACUGUGUGAAUUGUUUAUUUGUUUAAUGUGAUUGAGAAAUGGACUUGUUCUGUUCCACAUAUAUAAUUGUUCAGUAUUGACUGCAAAGAGGUGGCAUUUGUGAUGUAUUAGCAAAUUUUGACUAGUUUUCAUAUUAAUCGCACAUCUCUCUUGUGUCUUUAAACAUCUCACCAUUUAAAUAAGGGAAGCUGAAGAGGUCCUAAAGGGAAAGAUUGGUCUGUAUAUGCAUGCUGUUAUUUAUCACACACAUAUGUUCUAGACAGUUUAGUGCAUGUUCUUUUUGGCUUCCCUCUAUAUGUUCCCUCAGCUUAAGACUGAGGCUUGUUUAUGUUAUGUAAGUUCGCCUCUCCUUCAUCCUUCUGCUCUGCCUAAGCUUUGCCUUGUUUGUUUGUGCCUCUCUUUCUUACGAAGCUGCUAUAUGUUACGCAUAGACCUAAAGCAGCACAGUUUUCCUCUGUCUAGUCUCUGCCCACCACCUAACCUUAGCAAAACUACAUCUAAAGCUGAGAAACUGCACUGAAACUGGAUCCCUCCCCCCUUCAUUUACUGCAUUUAAUUAACUUUGGAACUUUGCGUACAGUAAAAUUGUCCAGGGAUACUGGUUUAUUGACAGCAGGCAGUAGACGGACCACUCAAGUGGAGAUGAUCUCUAAUGCGAUUUCGUUCCGUCUCUGGGCAACUAUUGGCUGCCGGGAUCUGAAUGACAAUACAGUCUCUUUCAGGCCAUAAGCCUUUCUUUGGAAUACAGCCUGCGACUCACAGUUUGGAUAUAUAUCAUUGCAUCCAUAGUUUUGCAUCCAUUUUGACCCUGGAUUUAUCUGGCAAAGCUUAAUUUUCCCUGAACGAUUUGUAGUCGCCAUCAAUAAUGGGGGCUGCUCGGGUAAAGAGGCGCUUCAGCGCGGUUGUGGACACCCCGCUGGAUGAGGAGGAAGUCAUGAGGCUGGCGCAGAGUGAUGAUGUCACUUCCUCCCAGUCGGGCACGCUUCCGUCACCUGACUGUAACGGCAAAGUACUCAACCUUCACCGUAGCAAUGGGGGAAGGAGCGGAGAGAGGGAUGAGGAUGAUGAUGAUGAUGAUGCGGAGGAUGAUGAUGAUGAUGAAGAGGGGGGAGGGAGGAGGGGAGGAGGAGGAGGGCGUGGCUCGGCGCUCAGGGGGGAGUCUGGGGCAGAAGGGAGGUGGGAGAGGAGCAAGAGAAAGUCCUUGUCUUCCCUCUCGCCCUCGACGUCCCACGAACGCCGGAGCCAGUCCCGCCGGCCCCGACGGCGCUUUGUAGGCAAGGACGGGCGCUGCAACGUCGCCUUCGUCAACAUGAGCGAAAGGGGCCAGCGCUACCUCACCGACCUCUUCACCACCUGCGUGGACAUCCGCUGGCGCUGGAUGCUCGUGGUGUUCACCCUCUCCUUCUUGCUCUCCUGGCUUCUCUUUGGUUUCACUUUCUGGCUCAUCGCCGCUGCUCACGGGGAUCUGGCGCCCCCGGCAUCAUCUUCCUCUUCUCCUGCAUCCGUUUCUUCCUCGCUGGCUCCUCUGGAACCCGGAGAGGAUUCCAGGCGGGCGGAGACAGCGGCAGAGACGGAGGAACGCUGCUUUCAGCAGGUGAACAGCUUCAUGGCGGCGUUCCUCUUCUCUCUGGAGACGCAGACGUCUAUAGGAUAUGGCUUCCGGAGCGUUACCGAGGCCUGCCCCCUGGCGGUGUUGGCUGUCGUGUUGCAGUGCAUUGUGGGCUGCAUCAUCGACGCUUUCAUCAUUGGGGCGGUAAUGGCUAAGAUCGCCAAGCCCAAGAAGCGCAAUGAGACGCUGGUGUUCUCGGAUGUGGCCGUGGUGGCCAUGAGGGACGGGAAACUCUGCAUGAUGUGGCGAGUGGGAAACUUGCGCAAGAGCCACCUGGUGGAGGCCCACGUACGAGCACAGAUACUGAAGCCACGGGUGACCCCUGAGGGUGAGUUCCUGCCAUUGGACAAUGCAGACCUCAAUGUCGGCUUUGACACAGGAACAGAUCGCAUCUUUUUGGUGUCACCUGUGACAAUUGUGCACGAAAUUAAUGAGGAGAGCCCUUUCUUUGAGGUGGACAAACUUACACUAGAGGGAGACAAAGAUAUGGAAGUGGUGGUGAUUCUGGAGGGCAUGGUGGAGGCCACUGCCAUGACAACCCAGUGUCGGUCUUCAUACCUGGCCUCUGAGAUCCUCUGGGGUCACCGCUUUGAACCUGUGCUCUAUGAAAGGAAGAACUGCUACCAGGUGGACUACUCAUACUUCAACAAGACUUACGAGGUCCCGGACACGCCCACCUGCAGCGCUAAAGAGUUAGCCGAGAAAAAGUACAUCUUGGGCUCCCGUUCCUCCUUCUGUUACGAGAACGAGGUGGCUCUGCAGCUCUCCCCCUCUGUCCCUCCCUGCCCUGAGCGGUUCUCUCCAUCCCCCUGUUCUUCCCCCUCUCCCUCGCCCUCUUUCGUUCGGCCCACACCACCGUCUCGACAGGACUCCUGCAGUGAGCACCCACACAUACACUGAGCCAUGCGGCUGGGAUAAAAGGGCACAGGGGACAGCGGCGGUCACAGAAAGAAAGGGAGAUAGAUAGAGAAAGAAAGGGGAAGGGUCAGGAUGGAGGGAGGAGUUGGAACCGGGGGUCAGGAGAAAGAGAGAGAACCAGCUAAUGGACAAAGGGCUGGAAAGACAGACUUGGACAGGGGACUGAGGCAAAGAAGACCGUAAAGGGACAAUGUAGGACUGAUUAAUGACAAUAGGUCAUGCAUAGGAUGGGCUGAGAGAAGACAGAAUGCACAAAAGAUGGAGAACAGAAGAGGGAAAGGGGCCUCUAACCGCCUGGGAGAGGAGAACGAAAGAGCAAGAUAGUGGGGUGAAUUCACGAGCGCAGUAUUUCUGAAUGUGUUUUCUUCACAAACCCCUGUAAUCCUAAAACUCGUUAGGGAACAUCACUGAAGACUCACAAUUUUAAAAUCAACUAUAUAUUCUGAUGUCAAUGAUGAUAGCAAUUUAAUAAAAAAAAACUAAUAUUACAGCUAAAAGAGCACUUAAUGAAUUAUAUAUUAUAACUUCGAAGUUAGCGUCACUCGGGUUCCCUCAAAAAAAGCCAACAGAAUUUUCCAUCACUUCAUAAAAUAAGCCCCGUAACCAACGUAAGUUUGUAUGUUUUGUUCACCACGAUAACCUUCACAAAUCAAAAGAACUAUGAAUCUUGAAGCCUAAAUACGGUCGGCAGAAGUAAAAAGCUAAACGUAGGCUAUAAUCGAACAACAGAGAAUAGUUUGUAAGAGGACAAAUCCUUUUUGACCCUGCAUAGACAGCAACGUUUAUUGUUGAAUAAAGUCAUUAUUUUCUUUGUGCGUACAUGUAUUUUUCGUAGCUUUUGUACGUCCUUGCUAUCUUACUGACUAGUGUUGUCAAAAGUGAUGACAUUGUAAAAAACGACCAUUUUAUAAAUGUCCACACAGAUUGUUUAAAAAAAUUAUAACUGGGUAUGUUGAUAGAUAAAACGCAAUCACAGCGUAUGAACACAUUAGCUUAAGAAUCUGCUCAACAGCGCUAAAAUGUUUUUGAAUUGAUGCUUUUAAAAUUUCUUACAACACUACUUGAACGUGUCAGUUGAAUUGCAGUCUAAGCAGGGUCAGAAAGCUUUCGGAUUUCAUCGAACGUAUCUUCAUUUGCGUUCCGGAGGACGAAUAUACUAUAGUUAUCUUCAUAGUUAUCGUUUCUAGAGUGAAGGUAGGUAAUCAAUGACAGAAUGUUCAUUUUUGGGUGAACUAUCCCUUUAAGGACGACAGAACCAGAAGUUCAAAAAAUGUUUUUGUAUUUUAAUGACUUGGGUUUUAUGAUUCUGCCGGCACUCCAUACGCUUGUCGUCGUGCAGAGCAAAGUUUCACAAGACUUUAUGGCUGUUUUUGAGAACCUUUGUAAAGACUAAACGAUGAAUUUGCUGAUUGGCUUUUUUGGGGGGGAUGCUGAUCCUCAUACACUAAAGCUGCUAUCUCAGACAUUUCAACGUUCUCUUAUUCACUGUAAUACAAGUGGCCUGUCUCUGUUGCAAUCUGGCUUAAAAAUCAUUGACACUUCGUUCGUUUUUUAAUGAAUUCCUCCCAGAAAGCUGGGUAAAAGAUGAGAUGGGUUUCAGAAUGGCGGAAGGCAAAGUUUAAGUCAGAGCGCAGAGGAACGUAGUAACAAAAGAGAUUCAGGUCAGUCGCACUGAAAUGAGGUCAAAGACUUAAUGACCAAAAACAGAUCGAACUGCGGAGUGAACUGAAAGAGCGGGGGAAUACAGAGGGAUCGAGAAGGUCAUUUUGACACGAGGAGAGCU